AUGCAAAUAUUCUUGUUGUUAUAUCUCAUUGUUGGCAUCAUAUCUAUGGAGAUAAUUCCAAUUGAAGACAUUUCUUAUCAAGAGGAUUCAACUUUACUUGCACCACGAUUUUUUUAUUUCGAUAAUUUACAAACUUUGCAACCAAAAUUAUUGCAAAUCUUUGCAACACCAAUCCCAACACCAAUUAUUCAAUUAUUAGACACAAACCAUUAUUUAAUCCCUGAUGAUGAAUCCAAUUCAGAAGAUCACUCUAAUAAUACUGUUCCAUUACAUUGGAUAGAGUUUUAUACUGAAAACAUCAGCUAUGAAACCAAUCAUCAUCAAGGGAUUAUUGUUAUGACCCAUGAAACUGUUGAUAAUAAAUAUGCUCAUGGUGAUUUAGCCUAUACUUGGUCAAUGCUCAAGAAAUUUGCUGUAGAAUAUAAUAUGGCAUUAUCAUUAUAUGCUGGGUUUUAUUAUAUGGUUGGAUUAUUAACUGGAGCUCGUAUUUCACCAGAAUUUGAUAUUACAUCAAGUUUAUCGAUCAUGUAUACAUGUCCAGUAACCAAUGGUAGAACUGUUCAAUUAAAAGUGUAUCCAACAUUAGCAAAAUUGACUCCAUAUUAUCGGAAACUUAAAUGGAAUUCAAAAUUACAAAAAUUCAUUGUUAAUAACAAAUUUACUAAACAUAAAAGAAUCAAAUUAUUAGCAUUAACUGGGUUAGAAGAUGUUGAAUGUGUGUAUAUUCACAAUAGUUAA